AUGAUGGAGACGCAAAUCACGCAGGCGGAAACGGAAGAGCAGCACCUGUUGAGCGAACUGAACGACGAAGGAGGAGGGAAAAAGGAGAAGAAAAAAAAGCUGUACGAGCUGAACGAGCUGCACCACUUGGUAAACGCACUGCCGUAUAUCGACUCGCACGACAGCGAACUGGAAAAAAAUGCCAAACAGCUGGUGGAAGAAGAAAUGAUGUUAAUGAACAAACAAAAUGAAGUGAAAAAUUAUUUGCAAAGCUUUGACAUCCCCCCAUCAGUGUACGCAAAAAUGGAGAGCUCACUCAUGCCAAAUGAGUUAAAGCGCUGCGAACAGGGCAUCACCAUGCAGAAGCUAAACCUAAGUAGUUACAACAUCCAAGGGGAGCAGUUGGAGGAGGAAAAAAAUCUCAACCAGUGGUCCAACACUUUGAAGAAGCAUCAAAUCGUUUUGGAAAAUCUACACAACGCACUUAUCAACGUGGAGCUGAUGAACAAAUAUAAGGAGGUCAUGUGGAGCGAGCACAUGAAAGUUUUUACACACAUAGAUAUCAACCUGCAGAAUAAUAUAAAAUUGCUGAAGGAUCAAAUUGACAAUAUAAAUAAGCAGAGGAAGCUGCACCAGCUCAGCUACGUCAACGACUUGUCUGCCCUGCAGAAUGAGAGGAACGAGUACAAGCGGAAGAACGACAUCGUUUUGGAGGAGAUCAAGCGGCUUCACUCGGAGAAUCUGCGCCUGCGUUAUCGGCGUAAUGUGGAAUGA